AUGGAGCACAACCCAAUAGAACCAGUUAAUCCAAGCGGAGCGGAGACCAGUCAAGUCCAAAAAAAGAAAACUAAGAAAAAAGAGGGCGGAUAUGAAGAUGUGGAAGAAAUGGCCCAAGCGUUGUAUAUAUAUUGGAAGUCACGGGAUAUAGCGCGUUCUGGUGAAUGCGACUAUGAAGAAGCGAAUGAAAGGGCAGAGUUUAUGUGGAAGAAUGAAGCAAAUGAAAAGAUCAUCGAUGAGUUUAAAAAGGCUGCUGCAGUACAAAUAGUGAUGUUAGGAGGAGAGUACAUUGGGAACAAAAGGAAGAGACAAGUCAAAAAUGAAUUUGGGAAGAACCGAGCGGAGUGUAACCCUUUCUUAUUGUUCUGUAAAGAUCACAGAGAGAAUGUUAGAGAGAAGGGAAGCAGAGGAAAAGGAAUGACUACACUCUCUUCAAUGUGGAAAGAACUCUCUGAGGACGAGAAACAAAGAUACAUCGGAAGAGCAAAAGUCAAUAAAACAAAGGAACUGAAGGGUGAAGAGAACCCUACCGAUCCAAUCCAUAAGGAAAUAGAUGAGAACUUCGAACAUGGAAAUACCGUCGACGCUCCACCAACAAAUACACACACAACACCUACCACUCUAAAUAUCACAGAACCUCAAAAAAGUGCUCCACAGAGCACUGUUAGUACUAACAACCCAAUCACUAAUGUUGGAAUAGAUGUUAUUGGAAUGACGGCAAUGAAACCUACACAUGACUUCUUACAGCCAUCGAUCUAA